AUGAAUGUAAAUUGUGUUGUUAUUUAAGUAUAUCAACUAGCUGAUGAGAGUUAAUCUGAGAAUGAAGAUGGACAAAGCAAAGGAGGUGAUAAAAAGUAAAAAUCGAAGAAGCAAAUGCUGAAAUCUUCUUUCGCCUCAGCCUUUUAAUCAAUUAUUUCUAAGAAGUUAGAUGAGUCAACUGUUUAAGCAGUCAAAGAUGGCCCAAUUCUUGCCAAAUAUAAGAAACCUGCUAAGGAAGUGAGCGAGGAAAAGUAAAGAGAAAAUGAAAUGAAGUAAAAAAGAUAAGAGAAGGAAAGAAUUAGAAUUAUGGGAAGAACGAUUCCUACUGCCGAGGAUGAGGAAAGAGAAAGAGAAUUACAAAUUAUAGCUACUAAAGGAGGCAAGUAAAGAGCUAUUAAAAUCAUCUAAUCAGUUGGUAAUGAUAAAAUCAAUGCAGGCCAUUCUUCAUCUAACUAGAGAAUUAUAUCUUAACUUCAGUCAAAGUAAUCCAGAUGGAAGGUGCUUGAGGAUGAUUCAGAGGAUGAAGAUGGAAACGUCAAGGUGGUUGAUGAUUUUGAUUCUAAUAAUGAAGAAGAAGAGGAGUAAGAUUGA